CCCAAAUCCCCAAGCGGACACGGAGCGGACAUUCAAGGACAAAGCGACUUUCUUAGAGUCAUGAUUAAUUCUACCAAUCGGGAAUAAUUUCUCUUACCGAUAAUUUUAGGGGUCUGGUUCAUAUGGCAGUCUGUGGUAUGGAGUCGUCUCCUCUUACCCAGCAAGCCCGACCUGAGACCUUCCAGCCAAAGAUUGUUGAGCUCUAUGAAGCACUAUUUCGCGACGACAAUGACGACGAAAAGAGCGAAGGGUUCUGGCGGGAAUUUUUUGUGCUACGCCCGGACCGAGUGACGCUCCAGAGAAUCCUUACAAAUCUGAGCGCUGAUGAGCUCCUCCAUUUACAUAACGAGUCAAGACAACUCUUUGCGCAAUCGAUCCAGCGCAUUAAAUCCGGAACAGCUCCUUCCGAUGAGAUUGCACUCGAUACCUUGACAGUCUUCCUCCACGCCGUCCUGACCAAAAGGUAUACAAACCCAAGCUCAGACAUCAUCGCAGUUCUUGCAGGUCUCGAUCAGGUGGAUCAUGUCUUUACCGACUUUGUCAAUACAUUGGACAAUAUAAUACGAAAUGGACGAACCAUGCAACUCCGAGAAAAGGCAAUUGAUGUGGCACUUUCGAUAACAUCAGGGGCAUACCAAACAAGCUUGAUAUCCUAUUUUAUUCACCGCGAUCUUUUCCCAUCUUUGAUGAAGUAUACCCAGGACCGUGAUACCCAAUCUGGAGCAUUUGAACCAUUUCUUCUUCUUGGUCUACUUGCAAACUACAAUAAAUUUGAAUUCCAGAAUCCCUAUCGGCUGCGCCUCGAAGAUUUCGUCAACGAAAAUGCUAUUCUCAAAAUUGUUCGCAGCGUCGGGACAACUUGUUCAUCUGCAAGAGAUGAAUAUGUUGCAAUUCAGAAUGACUUACCGGAGGGUUGGACUCUAAACAAUACGCUCUCCUUCUUUGGCCUUGGUGCAUUGACCGGUACACCCAAGCCAGUGCAACAAGCGCCAAGCCCCGAGGCAGCAAGAGCGCAGCUUGCCGCUCUCCCUAUACCUCAAGCAGCCAUAUUGCUAGGAACCUACGAUUUUGCCAAUGCGAACUCCUUAUUCUGUCACAAUCUUGUCUCUGCCCCCGCGCAAAAGCACGAGGAAGCUCCCUUCGCUUCUUUCCUCUCCUUCACAUCUUACCUUCUCCAUCACGCCCAUCGAUCUACUCGCACAACCUUAUAUUCGCAUAUAAACCUGCUCACGCUCCGAAUAAUUAUCGAAGACCCAGUCCUUUGCAAGCGGAUUUGCAGUGACGAGAGCAAAUCUUACGUCCGAUUAUGCCGUCAGAGGCAACCUUAUUUACCAUUAAUUCCAGGCGAACGUAUCCAAGCGACAGUGAUACUGGACAUUGUGGUCGAUUCAAUCAAUCACAAUCUGCGACGUCGACUCGAUGUCGCUCUCUAUCUCGCCUGUAUCGGUAUUCUUCUUCGGAUGGUCUCUUUUCUUAGUAGAUCACGCGUUCGACUAUCAUAUCAUUGGUCCGAACUAUGGCGCUCUCUCCUAAACCUGAUGCGCUUCCUCACAAGUUAUGCCGAUGAUUUCAAAACUCUUCCAGACUUCCAGAUCCUCCUCGACUCUCUCGUCAAUGUUCUUGCCUUCUCCAUAUCCGCUGGCGAGGCCUUCCUUCCCGACGCCGCCUCCUACGAUGAUCUCUUUUACAAACUCGUCGAAAGCGGCGAUACUGUAACACGAUUCCAAACCGCUCACGAUCUAUCAAAGCGUGCAGCGACAAACUCCAUCGAGACACUGAUAGGCGUCACAAAGCAUUAUCACACCCUCCUGGAGUCUGAAAAGGCAAAAGGUCGUGGUAAAGACUUCAGUCCAAGAGAAGUGACCAAGAUGAUUCGCCAAGGUUACGACACCCUCUCGUUUCAGACCAGAGACGGAUUGGAUUCGUGGAAUAAAUAUAGAGAGGCUGAACAUCGCCUCGUGCUCAAGCAAGCUGCUCGGACGGCUGUGUCCGAUGUUCGGUCUUUGCUCGUAAAUAAAUUUUAGUAGAGAAUCUUAGUAUAUCGAAUAGAACAUCUUGAGAUUUAUUAUCAAACCGUCAGC